GGAUUAAUGAGAAAAAGCGGAAAAUAUCUAGCUAGCAAACAUGAAUAAUUAUAAGUGGUGUUCAUCAGAAGAAGAAGCAUCAUCAUUCGCCUUGCAACUAACUACUGCUUGUGCACUCCCAGCAGCACUAAAAUGCGCCGUGGAGCUCAACCUACUGGAGCUCAUCAAGAAAGCUGGCCCCUCCGCCCCUACUGAACUCGCCGCCCAAAUCACGACGGCGAACCCUCAGGCCCCCCUCAUGAUUGACAGGAUCCUCCGCCUCCUAGCUGCCAAUAACAUCCUACUCUGCACCCUCAGACGGCAGCCCGACGGCGGCGCCAUUGAGCGCCUCUAUUCUUUGGCUCCAGUUUGCGACUUCUUAACUAAGAACGAGGACGCCGUUUCUUUUGCUCCUCUCGUGCUCCUCAACAAUCAUCACAUCUUCAUGCAAAGCCGGUACCAUUUGAAAGAUGCGGUUGUUGAAGGCGGAGUCCCGUUCAAGAGAGCUCAUGGAAUGGGCGGAUUCGAGUACCUGGCUACGGACCCCAGAUGUAACCAGAUUUUCAACCAAGCUAUGUCGGAACAUUCGAGCAUGAUAAUGCGGAAAAUUCUUCAAGUAUAUAAAGGAUUUGAGGGUGUGAAACGGCUGGUGGAUGUUGGUGGUGGAACAGGAGCUUCUCUCAACAUGAUCAUGUCCCAAUAUCCUUCAAUCAAGGCCCUCAACUUUGAUCUGCCCCACGUUAUUCAAGCUGCUCCUGCUCCUCCUCAUAUGGGGAUGGAGCAUGUUAGCGGAGACAUGUUUGUUAGCGUGCCUCAAGGAGAUGCCAUUUUCAUCAAGUGGAUUUGCCAUAAUUGGGGUGAUGAAGAGUGCUCGAGACUAUUGAAAAAUUGCCAUAAAGCUCUCUCAGAUAACGGUAAAGUGGUGAUGGUCGAACGAAUAAUUUCGGAGAUUCCAAACACAGAUUCCGUAGGCAUGGCUUAUGACGUGACGAUGUUAGCUUUUAAUGGCAGUGGAAAGGAAAGGACGGAAAUGGAAUUUCAAGCAUUAGCUAAAGCUUCUGGUUUCAAAAAAUUCCACAAAGUUGUUAGCGCUUUUGGCCAUUGGGUCAUGGAGAUGUACAACUAAAAUUAUAUACGUACGUAAAAACAGAGGUUCAAACUCCACAAAUAUGUAAUGUUGUGUUGCAAAUAUGUAUUAAUUGCUGCGGGUGUGUUCUCAAAUAAAGUCAUGUUCAUACA